AUGGGCUCGCUGCCUAGGUCAAACAAGGGUGCUCGGGCAAACAAUACCAGUUUCGGACUAGGGUCCGUCUGCUCUCAUCAGCCCUUCCUAGCUUGGACUUUUGUCCAUGUCCCUGCUGCCUCGGUCCAUCACACGCCCGCUUCCCCCCAAUUUCCUUUCCUUCCCUUCUCUUUUCGCUUUAUUAUGCUUGAGUGCCCGAUCUUCCCUGCAUGCUAUGCCUAUUUCAGUGUACGCAGUUUGGUUCUUUUGUCCGAGGAAGACAAUCAUCAUGCCAAGCGCCGUGCGCUGGGGGCUGAUCAGGCUUGGAUUAGGCACGAUCCAUUCUAA